AUGUUGAGACAAAUAGUGUUAAUGUGCGCUAUCCACACCGCUUGCUCGUUUAGUAUCCGUGACAUUAUCAAUGGCAAACGGGGAGCCGACGCUGCUAGUGAGUUGUGACUUCGAAGGAUCAUGCAUGCGUUUAGUGGAAGUACAAUAUCACAAGGUGAUCCCCCGACUAUUCCAGCUCCUUGCCCCACCUGGCACCCGUUCGCGUGUCCGUCCGGCGAGUGCGUGCCCAUCAAGUACCUGUGCGACGGAUCGCCCGACUGUUCAGACGAGUACGACGAGAACAAGAGCAUGUGCACGGCAGGUGAGCCGAGAUUGUCACUUGACACCGUCGUAACCCCUUCUUCCUUCAGCUACACGACCACCAGUCGAGGAGACUCAGGCAUUUUUGAAGGCUCUCAUGUCCGCGCACGGAAAAGAUUUUCUCGUCAAGGUAAGGGCGGAUAGACAGUCUCUCCUUAAGUGUUCGAGUUGAGGAGACCGGUUUUUGGGGAGAAGAUUGACAUGUUAGGAAUGGGUCGAACGGUCGGUCGGACGAAUCCGUUAGUUUGAAUGAGUGAUCGAGGUGAACGAUCCGACACAGCAAUAGAGGGCUCUGGGAAAGACAGUCUUUGAAUUCAAUUCAUAACGGCCCGGAAGACUACACGAUUUCACCUUUUUUUCAGGUAUUCGGACCGAAAGCAAAGGCUGAGCUCUCCGGAAUGGGAGGAGUGGACAAGGUGGCAGUUGCCCUUUCUCGUAAGUUAAUUCGCUAUUCGAAUUCAAAUCCGGAAAGUUCUUCUCUUUUUCCGAGCCCAUAACAGUGUGCGGACCUCUUUUUCUCUUUUUUUUCCUGUCACAACACGCUCAUGAAUAUUUCAUUUGAUGUGCUUUCGCGGGAAAACUUUCCGUGAAAAAGUUACACGCAAAUUGCGGCUGUCCAGAAGUUCUGCAUAUCCCUUUUCCAACAGAAAAAUACGGGAAUGACAUCAUUUCAGAAACCCCGACGGCGGAUCUGUUUGCAUCCGAGAUGAAGCUGGACGAGAACGAGUCGCAGCACAUGCUCGAGGUGAUGGAGGGCAUUCUGAACGGCUCGACCGACGAGCUCACCUCCAACGAGGCCGCCGACUUCCGCUUCUUCGUCCAGAAACUCCAAGAGACCGGAUUCUUCUGA